CAAAUUCAGAGGUGAGACGGUGGGCUGGCGGGGUUCGCGAACACACACGCUCAAAAAUAAAAUAUCGGCGACGCCCUGCCAGUUUUGACGUGUCGUGUGCUCAACUUCCACUCUUCUUCCGACCGUCACCCCUCCACCUCUCCCUUCGUCAUUCUCAUUGACCCUUCUCCCUCUGCCUUGUUGCAGUCGAGUUUCAGCCAACGAUCUUCAACCCGGCUAUCGACAGAGGAGAAUAAUCAUGACGGAGUUCUACGACGAAGAAAAGGCCGGCAGGCUGCACCCUGACGAGAAGGAUGUCAACGUUGAUGUUGGCAGUGCUCAGGGUUCUACAGAGGUCGUCAACGAGGUCCCGGUCCAGAGCGGCGGUAUCCUCGACACGCUAUGUGGAUGGGAAGCAACCCUGGAUCGAAAGCUUGGUAUCGAGUCUCAAGCCAUUCGUCGCAAGUUGCCUGAAGAAAAGGUUCCUCAGAAGUGGCACAACCAGGCAGUCAUGGCCCUGCUUUGGAGUGGUGGUAUCAUGAACUUGUCUUGCAUGUCAACAGGGUUCCUCGGACCCACCUGGGGUCUCACCCUCGGCCAGAGCAUUUGCAUCACGAUCUUCGGUACUUUGCUCGGAGCCAGUGUUGCCGGUUGGUGUGCUACCCUUGGCCCUGGUACUGGUCUUCGAUCAAUGUCCAUCACUCGCUACAGCUUCGGCUGGUACCCCACAAAGCUCAUUGCUGUCCUCAACAUCAUCUCUCAAGCUGGCUGGAGUGCUGUCGGUUGCAUCACUGGUGGUCUUGCCCUUACUGCUGUAUCGGAUGGCAAGGUGUCUUCCGCUCUGGGUUGUGUUAUCAUUGCUCUUGGUAGCAGUGUCAUCAACUUCUGCGGUCUCAAGGCCAUUCUCUACUACGAGAAGUACGCGUGGUUCGUCUUCUUCAUUGUUUUCAUGAUCAUGUACGGCAUGGCUGCCCCCCAUGCUGUCAACAUCGUCGACACUCAGCUUCAUGGCGCCAACCUCGCUGGAAACGUUCUCUCCCUGUUAUCAGUCGUGUACGGUAGUUCCUGCUCCUGGGCGACCAUUGCCGCGGAUUACUACGUCCACUACCCUAUCAACACUUCCAAGGUCAAGGUCUUCACUCUCUGCACUCUUGGCAUCAGCAUUCCUACCUGCAUUGGUAUGGUCCUUGGAUGCUGUGUCGGCACUGCCAUGCAAGUCGACGACGAAUGGAGUGCUGCCUACGAAGACGGUCUCGGCUACCUCAUCCAGAAGAUGCUCUUCCCUCGCGGUUUCGCCAAGUUCAUUCUUGUCUUGCUCGUGCUCAGUGCUGUUGGUAUGAAUGCGCUCAACCUCUACUCAUGCGCCUUGUCAAUCCAGCAGUUUGCACGUCCUUUGGCCAAGAUCCCUCGUACCUUCUGGGUUCUCGUCGUCUUUGGUGCUGUCACUGCUAUUGCUGUUGCUGGUCGCGAUCACCUACUCGAGUACCUGGAGAACUUCCUGUCUCUGCUCGGAUACUGGGGUACCUCCUACUUCGUCAUCGUGUUCCUCGAGCAUUACUGGUUCCGCAAGGGUGAUUUUGCAAACUACGAUCUUGACGGCUGGAACACUCCUUCAAGAUUGCCAAUUGGUCUUGCCGGUCUCUUCGCUUUCCUUAUCGGUGUCGUCGGUUGGUGUCUCGGCAUGGUCGAGACUUGGUUCACUGGCCCUCUCGCUAUCCUCAUUGGCGACAGCGGCGGUGACAUUGCCAACGAGCUUACCUUUGCCUUCACUCUCCUUACGUACAUCCCUCUCCGCCACCUUGAGCUUCGAUUCUUCAAGAGAUAGGCAAUUCGCGCAUAUGGUUUGCAGCACGGAGAAUGACGUUGGACGAAUGAUCUGUAUAUAUGCGAUUUGCUUGGUUUUCUUUGCGGUUUGCUUUGGCAGGAAGACAGGGCGAUGCUUCUGAGCCUGAGUCUUGAUACCCAACUCAAUCACUCUUUCAACAAUCAACAAUGAAGAUGAACACCGUGAUACACUGCUCCGUCAUGCAUUUGUC